AUGUCUACAAACUAUAAAAAUAUUGUCGUGUUGGGUGGAACUGGCCUACUAGGAAAACCAGUAGUCCAAGAGCUCGCACACGCCGGUUUCUCUGUCACAUUAUUCUCUCGAAAAGCCGAGGCGCACGCUCCAAAAGGUGUACAUGUCGUCAAGAUUGACAACCCAACUGAUAUCUCGGAGCUUACUCAAAAGCUCAAGGGAAUCGACGCUGUCGUAUCUCUCCUCGGCUUCCCUGCUGGUGUCGAAGCUCAAACAGCCGCCAUCAUCGCAUCAAAAGGAGCAGGCGUCAAACGAUUCGUACCAUCUGAAUUCGGUCUUGAACACUCCACGUUGAACAGCCCUGUAUUCGCUGGCAAGGACGCCGCUGUCGAAGAAAUCAAGAAGGCUGGACUUGAAUGGACUGCUAUCGCUGCCGGAUUGUUUGUUGAUACUUCCUUCUCUCCAUUCUUGAUGAUCAAUGCUGCUGACGGUACCGCCAAAGUUGUGGCAGAUACCGCAACACCUGUUGCGUACACUUCUUUGAAGGAUGUUGGCAAGGUCGUUGCUGGCACACUGAAGUCAAAGGCUGCUGCAAACCGUAUCGUCAAGGUGGCAUCUGAAUACUUGUCUGACAAGAAGGCCAUCGAACUCUUGGAAAAGACGACUGGAAAAAGCUUCAAAGUCACCACAGUGACCCAAUCCGAAAUUGGUGCCGAAAUAGCUGCUCAAUUCGACUUUGGCAAACUCUUGGCAAUGUACAAGGGCAAUGGGGUCUUGAACCAUACUCCCAACGACUUUGCCGAGUUUGUAAAGGACAAACCAUACACUGCUACCGAAUUCCUCACUGUCACAAAAGGCGGUGUUGAAACUACGGGUGAUUGGUAUGCCCAAGCCAAGCAUUGA